UAUGUAUAACAUCUCGUGGUAUAUGCUAAAUAAGCUGGUGUAUAAUAUUUUUUAUUUUAUUUUAAUUAAAGACUUGAAAAAAAAGGACACAUCAAGCUCUCCAAUUUGGAUAUCGGAGGAACUGCAACCAUGGACUAACCAAAAUGGCAUAACUAAAUUCAAAAAGAUAGCAGCAUUGUAUUCUGAAUUCAUUGCACUUUCGGAAAGCGGAGAUCUAUACCAGUGGAAAUGGUCAGAAAUGGAGCCUUACAAAUCCGAGAUGGAAAAUGUGUAUCACCCGAAAACUUCAUCUCUUAAUAUAACGGAAAAAGUACAACAAAUUUCCGCAAAUUUUAUUCGCUGUUCAGUAGUAUCUGAGUCCGGGCGUGUAGCAUCUUGGAUGGACGAUCAUUUGGGAUACUUGGGAGCUAAAUUUGAACAUUCUGCUAUAAUGUUUAAUGAAUUCGCUGUAGAUCCCAUAGCAUCAAUUCAUGUCUGCUCCUUAUAUACUGCAGUAAGAACGGAAAACAACCAUGUUUAUUGGUGGGGUGUUUUACCUUUUGAUCAACGCCGUUAUCUUUGGGACAAAUUCCGUACAAAGGCUAAAAAGCCAUUUAAAUCCGUAACCUCUGAUAUCAGUGUGGGAACACAAGUGGUAAUGAAAAAAUGUCCCAUUUAUCAAGCAGGUUCGAUUGGAUUUACAUGUUCCAAUGGUAUACCAAAGAUAGGUCAGUUGCAGAAUUCAGUUUGGGAUCUAAGUGAUGUUUGCCGAUUUAAAAUAAUCAAUAAUUUAACACAAACUUGUACAGAAAAAUCACAAUUAAGCGCGUGUUUAGUAAGCACUGAAAAAGAAUGUAUAAAAACUUCUUUAUCAUCUAAUGCUGCUAAUACGCAGCCAUCGAGCAGUAAAACAAUAAGUUCUACAAAGGAAACCACGGAUCGCAUUGAUAUGCCACCACCUCCUUCGCCAGCCUCUAGUACAUGUAGUGACACCGGAAGCGUGACUUCACAUAAACGCGUAAAGAGAAUGACAGCCAAAGAUGAUAUUGAAAAUAAAAAAGAUGAAGAACUUUGGCAACUAAGAGAUGUUGUUUUUGUAGAAGACAAAGUGGGGCCUGUUGGAAAAGUCUUAAAAGUCGAUGGAGAUUUUGUAGCGGUUAGAUUUCCAGUUUCUACAAAUACUACCGCCGGUUCUGUUUGCGGCAGCGGCGGUGAAGGUAAAGACGAUGAUUGGCAACAGUGUCGUCUUUUGCGUCGUGAAGAUGUUCAAAUAUACAAAACAAACAUGACAUCUCGCGGCCCGGAUUGGUUGCAAAAGCUUCCGAGAAAAGUUAAUAUUAGUAAUUGUCAUGAUCCAAAUGGGUACCAAUUAUUAGCAAUGGCAGUUGACGUUCGGGGCAUUCAUGUAAUUAAAAAAUCCGCUUGUAAACUUUUCUACAGUUUGUAUAAUCUAUAUAAUAGUAAACAGGAGCAAAGUUGUCAAUUCCCUACAGAUAGCGUUUCGUUUUUAGGGGCCAGCCCUAAUAACAUAAGCAUUAUAUGCAGUAAUGAUAGCAACGACAGCAACAGCAAUAUUAUAGUUUGCGAUGGGAAUCGCACACUUUACCCAAUCGCUAAAGAUUGUUUAGGAUCAAUAAAGGACCCCCAAUGGCUUGAUUUACCACCUGUUAAAAAUGUCUCAAUGGGUAUGAUACCAUUAUCGGCUGCGGGAAAUGUUAAGUCUAAACUAUGUUUGGCUGCAUUGCUUUUUCAAUCUCAAAAGCUUAUGCCUCAUAUUUUGAGGUGCGACGUUAAAAACGCAUUCGCUCUACUUAGCCAUUUGGAAAAAGAAGAACGAAAUGAAAUUGUUGCCAUCGCUGAAGAGCGUUGUGAUGGCGGACGCAAUGUUUUCCACGCGUGCGUAGUCAUGUGUGCACCCACAUCAAACAAAGAACCUGAGGAAAAAAAAUCUUUUUCUGCCCUUGGAAGAUCAACACCUUUAGCUAAUACUAUUUUCUCCAAUUGCACAAAUCUUUCUACACACUUGGAUGUAAACAGCAGUGCACCUACAGCUAGUGCUGGUGCAUCAAGCUCAAAUGUUGCGCGCGAAAGUCGAUCUGUUAGUUUGCGUGAAAUGAUGAAUCGUCUGAUUAAUACAGACCCUGAACCAAAUGGUACAGGGCAUAGUGUCGGAUCUGUUGAUGAGCAAAUGUAUAUUCCGCAAUGGCCAGUGGAGGGAAAUAGUUCAAAUCCUGUUGCAAAUGAUGUUACCAGUGGUGAAGCUGAAGAUGAACUUUCAAAAAGUUUUUCAGCUCCUUCGCACAUCAACGCAUCCACAAGUGUAUCAUCACCAAAUUAUGUUUUUGAACCAAUGCAGCGCCGAGAGCAUGCACUGUUGAUUUUACAACAAAUGUGUUUAUCUGCAACCUUUCGUCCUUAUUUAUAUCAAAUGCUGAGUUCCAAGGAUUCCCAGGGGCGAACACCAUUUAUGAUAUCAGUAUACACACGUGCCUAUGAAGCUGGUAUAAUACUCCUCAAUACAAUUUUAAACUUAUCAGAAAAAGACUCUUUGCUUAAAAAUUCAAUGAUAUUCCCAUCAGGCUCACCUCCUGAUCAGUCUCCUUUGUAUGUUAUGUGCUACAAUGAUACAUGCUCUUUUACAUGGACCGGAGCUGAUCAUAUUAAUCAGAACAUAUAUGAGUGUAAAACUUGUGGCCUAACAGGGUCGUUGUGUUGUUGUACAGAAUGUGCACGUGUUUGUCACAAAGGUCAUGAUUGCAAAUUAAAGCGAACCUCACCUACUGCUUAUUGUGACUGCUGGGAGAAGUGCAAAUGUAAAGCCCUUAUUGCUGGAAACCAAAAUAAACGUUUUGCUCUGUUAUGCAAAUUGGCAUCGUGUACUGAUCUUGUAACAAGGUUCAAUUCAAAGGGAGAAUCCAUUUUGUUAUUUCUAAUACAAACAGUUGGUCGUCAGACAGUAGAACAAAGGCAAUAUCGGGCAAAUUCACGAGUAAGAAACGUGGGAAGCAGUGGAACUAAUAGCAAUUCUCGCAAAUCUUCUUCCAUUGAUAUUGAAGCGGAUAUGCCAGAACAUGAUCUUGAGCCACCAAAGUUUGCGCGAAAAGCCCUUGAACGAUUAUUAAUUGACUGGCCUGCGGUCCGGGCUAUGAUUAUGACUGGUGCUGAAAAAUUUGAAAGUUCAUCCCAUCCACACCCGAAUGCCACAAUAGAUGCUUCAAAUACUGAAGGUUAUAAUAUGUAUCUUCAAAGUCAACAAGGCUCUACACUUUUGGACAAAUUUACACACAAUUUAUUUGUGAAAUGUGGAGGAGACCAUCUGGAAACUCUCUUAAUGACACUAGUUCGCGAAAUGCAUGAUGGUAUUACUCCAGGUCGCAGAGAAGAUGCAGAAUUAGUAACCCGAAGAUUUGUGCGAUCCGUGGUACGUGUUUUUGUAAUUUUUACCUUAGAGAAGAUGCCUAAUCCUGAGCGUAGAAAAUCAAACUUGAGUUCGCACAAACAUAUUCAAAGUUGCGUAAAAGUUUUCCAGUCUCUGUAUAAAAUUUCCAUUGAAGAACUGUGUGAGGUGUCGGAGUCUCUAAUUUCUCCUGUCCGUCUUGGUAUUGUUCGCCCAACCGCACCGUUUACGAUGUCCUCUACAAGUCUUGACAGUUCUGAUGAUUUAUUUAGCGUAGAACCACUUGCUCCAUCGACAACAACGGAAACGUUAACUGACCCAGUAUCAAACCAUGAUGGUAACCUAAAUCCUACCUCUGGAUAUAACAUCCAAUCGAACUUUUCAAUUGAUAAUAUUGAGGUUUUAAGAGAUGCACAAGAAAGUGAAGAAGCUAACACCAGAGAUAACAGUAACCUUGGUCAAGAAGAGGACAUUUUAGAUUCUGCUCGACAUGAUGAGGUUAUUCAGGAUGAUGAAAGCGAUAACGAUUUUCCGUUUAACGAUCCAGAAACAGAAUCCGACUCUGAUGACAACCAAAGUAAUCAAGAUGCGCAACGAAGCGUACAAACUGGCGCUACCGUUGGUUCCGAGACAGAUAUUGGGGUACUUUUUCUCGAAGAUGAAUCUGGUGAUUCGUCUCCUCAGGAAGAGGAAGCUUCUGAAGAUGGUGAAACAGACGAGCAUUCGGAUGAAUUUAAUUUUGCCGAUCAUCAGUUGGAGCGUCGAAAUAUCAGCGCUAAUGUACGCAGUGAUUUAGCCCCACAGUCUAUGCAGUGGGCGAUCAGAAGCAGAGAUACCGCCCGGUCUUCUGUUCGAGUACCAGCUGGUUCAAAUUUAGUUUUUAUUGACCCCAUGGCAUUACGCCGUUCCACUGUGCCAGCAAGUUCCACGGUAACAGUGCCACCCCAAGAGCAGCAUACAAUGGCAACAACUGCUAGCAAUCUGGCUCGUGCAUUUGGAAUAAUAGUUCGGCAAAUAUCAGACCUUCUUAACAACCUCGCAUGCCAACUUACAUCUGAUGUCGAAAAGCCUACUUAUAAAACGCAAAUUGGAGAAGCAAUUCAGCUACAAAUAUACAUUGAAAAUCGGUUAAAAGGCACUUGGGAUUGGAUGUACUCAAUUAUGGAUGGAACAGAACCACAGCUGAAAUUUGGUGCCUAUUUGGCCAAUUUUACGGAUCCCUCGCAUCCGCUUCAUCCUCUCAAUCUAAAUGCCCAAAAUAGUUCUAGCCAAACCAAUUCUUCAUCAGCGGGGAUCAAUAUGAUUGGUUCAUCGACUCGACGAGACUUUUUUACAUAUUGUUUAUCUUUGAUGCGAGCGCAUACCUCGGAACAUCGUGAUGCUUUACCUGUCCUGGAUAUAACAGCAUUUCGUCACAUAGCUUACGUAUUUGAUGGAUUUAUUUACUAUAUGCGUAAUAACACAAGUUUUUAUGAAAAGGUUGACCAAUGUUCAAAUAUCAAUAUUCCAAAUACAAAUGAAAAUGAGGAUAUCGAUGACGAGUUUUCUAACGUAACAAAUGAAGAAAUAUUUGUUGAGAGUAACUCAUCUACUGCCACGGCUGUACCUUUAUCAGCGACAACCCGUCGACAUUCCUUCUUUGUUCGAUCUGAAUCAACUAUAAGCCUUGGUUGUUUGGCCCCGGAGAGCUUCGACUUACCAUUGGAUGUUGCUAUACCUCUAGCAGAUAAGCCACAUCUUCUUCAACCAAAUUCAAAGCGGGAGGAUUUAUUUGCAAAUAUACCUUUGCUGUCUUCGACGGUAGAAAAUUUAACUACGGUCGGCAAUUUGACUGCAGCUCCAACAAAACUGGGAUUUUCAAGUUACAGGUCCAUAAACACAACUGAAAAUAUUCAAGAAGAUAAGAAAAUAGAAAUAAAUCCUGGAUUGGAAAAUGAUGAGGAAAUGGAUACAGGUGAACAAAUUACCGCAACCGAAAUAGAAGCCAGUGUUAGUAAAUCCGCGCAUUCCAAUCGCCCAGAUGUUAUUAUUACUCCAAAUAAAAUUCAAAAAACAGACGAAAUGGUUGGCCCCACAACGAUUCUCUCACCCACAUCAACUUCACGGACUGUUAUUGUGCGUGCGAUCUCAAUAAUCAAGAAACCGGAAAAUGAAAAGAGCAACACCCAUUUCACAUUGCCAGACGAUUUCAAGCGUACAAAUAUAUCUGCAAAUACUUUUCCACCUCGUGGAAUACAUUUCUGCAAACAAAUUUCUUCAGUUACACCCUCUUGGAAUAUUUUACUUGGACGAUGGAAAUUAACGCUGGAUCUUUUUGGGAGGGUUUUUAUGGAUGACGUAGGAAUGGAAUAUGGAUCAUUGCUACCUGAAUUACGUGGAUUUCCAGUCAAAGAGAUGCGUUUUCGAAGGCAUAUGGAAAAACUACGGAACGGCCAACAGCGCGAUCUUAUAUUAUGCAAACUUGAGCGCAACCGGGAGAGUUUAAUCAUUCAAACAUUUAAGGAGUUAAAUGCCCAGUUCGGAAGCCAAACAAGACGAACACAAACCCCUUUGACCUUUAACCGUGUAAAAGUAACUUUUAAGGACGAGCCUGGCGAAGGAUCUGGCGUGGCGCGCAGUUUUUAUACAUCAAUUGCUGAAGCACUAUUAGCAACUGCUAAAAUGCCUAAUUUGGAAUCUACUCAUAUUGGUGUAAACAGUAAAUACGGAGCUCCGUUUUCGAGUAUUUUGCGAAAUCGGGGAACGUCUAAUCGAGAACCACCCACACUACAAAGACGCGCUACGGGAAACAAAAUUUUUUGGCGAACCUCGCGUGAGAGAAAACUACUAAAUCAUGAUGCCAGACCAUAUCUACCAACUACAACCAUUACAGAUAGCUCGCAGGAUAACUCGAAUGACCAUUUAUCAGUGCAUUUACAGCAGCUUGGAGAAAGGCUAUUCCCAAAGAUAUAUUCUAUUAAUCCUACAAACGCGUCUAAAAUAACUGGCAUGCUGCUUGAAAUCCCGACCCCACAAUUACUAUCUAUUUUGUCCUCUGAAGAUACUUUGCGGCAAAAAAUUAACGAAGCACUCGACAUAAUAGCUUAUAAACAAAAAUCAGAUGCAAAUAAUGCGUCAACCCAAACCCAGAAGAAAAUGAUACCUGUUGUGUUACUGGAGCAGUGUCAAAUUGAAGACAGUGAUCCACUAUUUUAUUCUCCAGGCAAACGUGGUUUUUACACUCCAAGGCAAGGAUAUGGUUCCUUUGAACGAAUAAAUGCAUUCAAAAACAUUGGAAGCCACUGUAACCGCCUAAUAGCAUAAUUGUUUGUUCAUAAUUGUGUAUGGACAUUUUGCCCUGGCAGAGCGCAGAUUUAGAAGAAAGCGUUUAAUAUCAGCAGCUAUUUUAGGCAUAUUCGAGACAUACCAGUAACCUUUCGCACCGGUACAAUCGUGUUAAAAAUAAAAUUUGUUUUGCCGGGCGGGAAAAUAUUUAUUGGUCUAACAAUCAGCUGUGCAAAACUUGAUUUGGAUUUCAGUACAAAUGCAUGAUGACUGACUUAUUGAGUGUGGUUUUCGUAUGUAAGGAGAGGACUUUACUCCUGAAUUAACUACCCAUCCCAAGGUAGCACUUGUUGGCAAGAGUGAUUCUGCUGACAUUGUUAUCGGCGUUAAUGGUUCCCAAGUAAAAAAAAUUCUCUACUCUCUCGAAAUUAUAUCUGUCAACAGUGACGUGAGUGCUAAGGCGCGAAUGCGUUGACUGUUUGUUUUAUGACAGGAGAUACUUCGUCUUGUCCUCGUUGACCACCAGACUCAAUCGCUUUGCUUUCUUAUCCAACUUGGAAAGGGCAGAACAGACUUCGCGGUUCUUAUUACCGCCAGAAAUGGCACGCUCUUGUAAAGUUGUUCCUGAGCGGUUCAGUUCUGCAGUGUUAUUUUCCAGCAUCAGAUGAAAGAAAUCACGUCAUUUUACACAGCCGUAUCAGUUUCGCAAGGAUGCCAAGUUCAGACAUCGGGGCAUAUAUGCAACACCUUUUAGGGCAUGAUUACGAUAACCGGGCGACAAAUUUUGACCCGGGGCGUCGAUAGAGAUUUUUGUAACCAGUAUAACGGUAUAAUUUUUUGAUGGCAAACGAAAACUACUGGAGUUACCGAAGAUCAAAUUCAGAUUUUGUUUUAAAUCCUUAUAUCGCACGUCUAAUAAUAAAGAAAUGUAAUUCAAAAUUUACGUUUUUGGAGAUUUCAUCAUACAAUUAAUAUGCUUGAAUAUGUUCAGCCUAACAGAAGACUAAAGUCCUACGGACCUCAAGAACUUUGAAAAAUCUUAUCUACAACAAUAUUUUGCCCAUGACGUUUUUAUUUUUGAAAAAUGUGAUAACUGUUAUUUUGGUUCCCUGGACUAAACCUCCCAAAAUAGCGAAGAUAUGUCUCUUUCCAUCUGCCUUUUGGUAUACCAACUCAAUAACUCAGUGAGUGGGGAGACCAGUAUGUCUGCAUGCAUUCAUAAAAAAAUAUUUAUUGGCCCAAAAAGUAGUGGGUAGGCACUGUGGCUAGUGGUAACCAACUAUU